GUAUAAUCCAAAAGUGUUUUUAGCUAAUACAAUCCCAAACACCCUCCCAUCAACCCUAAAAAACCGAGUCGCCUCUCCACCGCAGUGGUAGAUGUCUGCAAUGAAGAAUCUACCGCCGGAUAUUAUAGAAGCAAUACUGGUACGACUGCCGGCGAAAUCCCUCAGCCGGUUCAAGUCCGUGUCUAAACAUUGGUGUUCGCUAAUUUCCAAUCCCCAAUUCAUCACAACCCAUCUCCAUCUAAACCACCACCCCACAUCCUGUAAAUUGAUUUGCUUUUCCCGUAAUACUAACAAUAAAAAAUGUCUAUGCUCAAUCGAUCUAAAUCUCAACAGCGACGAUGUAUCCGCAAAUGAAGUAAGUUUCUUGCCACCUCCGGUCAUGUGGGAAAUUAUCUGGGGGUCCUGCAACGGGCUCGUUUUAGCCACAGACGAAGAUGAAAGGCUCUAUUUGGUGAAUCCAACCAUAGGCGAGAUCUUCAAACUUCCCCCCUUUGCACUUCCGAGGGAAGAAGGCUAUCAAACCUACGGAUUUGGCAACGAUUCAUCCACGGACGAUUACAAAGUAAUCGUUAUUUCUUUCUCCAACACCGAUAUGUUCGUCGAUGUCUAUAGCUUGAGCAACAAUUCAUGGAGGAACUUGCCUAAUUCUCCUUAUCGUCAGUCUUUUGUCUAUCUUGUCGGUGGGGUUUCUGUCAACAAUAAUCUUCACUGGCUAAUUGUGCGCCCAAACUUCUCAUCAAUGAUUAUUGCGUUUAGUUUAGCAAAAGAGGAAUUCAUCGAAAUGAAUUUGCCUGAUUCACUUGGUAACAACCAUCCGUUCAACGUGCUUGUAGUUAUUGGUGGGAAACUUUGUGUUUUUAAUCAGCUGGGUAAGGAUUUGUGGGUGAUGGAGGAGUAUGGGGUUGGUAUGUCUUGGAGUAAGGUAUCCAUCCAUGGGGUCGAUAUAGAUCAUCUGAAACCUAUUUGUUCAGUUGAAGACAACAACCGGGAUAUUGUAUUGGUUGAUGAUGAUAGAGUUGUUAUAUACAACGUGGAUGAGAGAAUAUCCAGAAAUGUAAGAAUCCUAGGGUCUCCAUCUGGAUUCACCAUUAGAGGUACGUAUGUUGAAAGUCUUGUAUCACCUAAAUGCAUUAGAAGAAUACCAUAAACCUGCAAUUCUAUUUGAUUCUUAAGAAGACAUUAGAGCUUCAAAGGAUGUAAGUUUUUUAGUAUUUUGUCAUAUUAUAUUAUAGAAGACGAAAAUGAGCUCCUCUCUAGCUGAUUUUCACUUUAAAAACACCGGGUCUGACACACUAAUGGGUUCGGGUCAAAAGAUCCACGUGUUCGUUUCUCAAACUUUGUAUUAAACGAGACACAAUCCAAUAAAAUAGCAUCCUGUCACUCUUA